CCUCUCUCUCUCUCUCCUCUUUCUCUCUCGCCUGCUCCACCACACCGCUUUGCCGCUCCGACCGAUCUCCCCGCACGCUCCGGCGAGCGUGGGCCCACCGGCCGGAGGGCCAUACGAACAUACCCCUACGCCGCCGCCGCCGCCAUUAGGUGUCACCCGUCCUUGCGCCGCCGCCGCCGCCGCCAUCCGCAGCCCGCAGCCUUCGAGUUCCGAUCUGCGAGCUAGCGAUUCGCCGCUGAGGAGUGGGGCCCGUCCCUCCGCAGCCGAAGCCCAGGGCCGCCGCAGCCGCAGCCGCAGCGCAGGCCCAGGCCACACGCGUCAUCCUCGCGCCGAACGACACAGGUGGAGCGUGGUCCACUCCCCGCGCGCGCGCGCGCUUCGCCUCCGUUGAAACCGCGCCUCUGCUGGGGCGAGUGUUCUGGAAGCUUCCAAACCCUAGGGCGGGACAUCGACUGAGACAGGGAGAGGGAGGCCGCGGAGCCUAGGACUCGCCGCCCGCGGGGAUCGAGGGAGUGAUGCGCGGAUCGGGGCGGCGGGCGCGGCGCGGAAGCUCGGCCGCAUGAGGUGCCUCGUCGGCGGCGGCGGCGUCCAGGACAGCCCGCGUGGAGCGGCCAAGAGGGUAUCGCCGGCGUCGUGGCGGCUGGACACCGCCGCGGCGGAGGCGGACGCCGGGGGAGCGGCGGCAGCGGCCAAGGGGCCCAGGCUCUGCUUCAGGCCGCGGGACGUCAUGGAGACGGUGCACGAGGUGGCCAUUUACAUCCACCGCUUCCACAACCUCGAUCUGUUCCAGCAAGGAUGGUAUCAGAUGAAGAUUAGUGCAAUGUGGGAGGAAGGUGGCCACAAAACACCGGCUUCGCCUGCCAGGGUCGUGCAAUAUGAAGCUUCUGAUGUUGGUGCGGACGAUGCAUUGGGCAUUUGGAGAAUAGAUGACGCCGACAAUAGCUUCCACACACAGCCGUUUCGGAUCAAGUAUGCCAGACAAGAUAUCUAUCUAUCGGUUAUGGUGUCUUUCAACAUAGUAAAUAGUGAAGAGGAGGUUCCAGCGGCUUCGGCUGUGAUGUUGAAGUUUGAGCUGAUAUAUGCCCCAACCCUAGACAAUGGGUCUGAGCUUCAAGCUUCUAGUGUCACAUCUUCAGCAGCUGUGCAUGAAUUUAGGAUCCCACGCAGAGCGCUCCUGGGUCUACACUCCUACUGUCCAGUUCACUUUGAUGCGUUCCACUCUGUGCUUGUUGAUCUGACAUUACACAUAGUGUACCUGAAAGCUGGUGCAAUUAAAUCAUCAUUGAAGGUACCAGACCAAGGUUUAGGUCCUACAUCAUAUAACAUUGUUAAGGCAUUAUUAACUUCUAGAAAAAUGUUGCUUGAAGAACUGAACAAAAUCAGUGGUGCUAUUGGUAAGGCAGUCGAGGAUUUAGAUGUUGCUGACUUGAAUCUUGGUAAAUACGAGUCAUUUAAUGCAUCAAAAUCUGGACUAUCAAAUUCUAGUAAAGUGUUUCCUACAACUGGCAAGGGUGUGGGACAGUUGGCUGGAAUUUUACAUGACUUCUUGGAGAGACCCAACGAUAUGGUUAAUGGUACAGAUGAUUCUAUGCUGUAUACUCUUCCCCAGGAAGAGCUGUUUGAACUGUUUCUAACUCUGAGUAGCCAGCUUUCACUUCUAUGGAAUGCAUUCUUGAAAUUUCAUAGGCUAAAUAAAACAAAGAUAUUGGAUUACUUGCACGAUGCUUGGGCUAUUGACAGGAAGGCAGAAUGGUCAAUAUGGACUGUUCACUCAAAAAUUGAGAUGCCUCAUCGCUAUCUGCGGAGUAUGACUGAUGACUCAUCUCACCGUCAUUCCCUUCUUAGAGGUUCUGUCUCAAGGAAGUUCCAUGACGACCCCGUACAGAACUCUGCUUCACGGGCAGAACUACACAGGAAAAGCAUAGCACAAAUGAAGAUCAAUACGCAGGCUGUUCAAGAUAUGCAGAUAUAUGCUGAUCCUUCACGUGUUCCUGUUGUUCUUAUAGAACAACAUGUCAUGGUUGUUCCACAGCAUACUUCCAGCAAGGAUCUGGCUUCGAAUACUUCUGAACAAAAGGAUACUAUUGUGCUACCUAAACUACAAGGAGAGUCUCUGGUGCCCAAAAGUAGUGCUGGUAAAAAAAGUGGACGCAUCUUGCGAGCUGUCAUUUUUGUGCAUGGUUUUCAGGGUCACCAUUUGGAUUUACGUCUUGUUAGAAACCAAUGGCUUCUAUUGGAUCCUGGAGCUGAUUGCCUAAUGUCUGAGGCUAAUGAAGAUAAAACAUCUGGAGACUUCAAAGAAAUGGGUAGCAGGUUGGCUGGGGAGGUAGUUGCCUUCCUGAAGAAGAAAACGGAUAAGCUUUCAAGAUACGGAGGCUGCAAAGAGCUGAAGUUAAGUUUUGUUGGCCAUUCCAUUGGGAACAUCAUCAUUAGAAGUGCCCUGGCAGAACCUGCAUUGCAACCAUACUUGAAGAACCUCUACACUUACAUGUCAAUAUCAGGGCCUCACUUGGGUUACUGGUACAGUUCAAAUUCUUUGUUCAAUUCUGGACUCUGGCUGCUGAAGAAGCUCAAGGGUGCACAAUGCAUCCAUCAACUAACUUUCAGUGAUGAUCAAGACCCCCAGAAUACGUAUUUUUAUAAGCUUUGCAAGUUGAAAACAUUGGAGAACUUCAAAAAUAUCAUAUUGUUAUCAUCACCACAGGAUGGCUAUGUACCAUAUCAUUCAGCAAGAAUCGAGCUCUGCCCAGCUGCAUCAGCAGACACCUCAAAGAAGGGUGAAGUCUUCACAGAAAUGCUCAACAACUGCUUGGAUCAGAUCCGUGCGCCCUCAUCCGACACCCGGACAUUCAUGCGCUGCGAUGUGAAUUUCGACCAGUCCAACCAAGGGCGAAGCCUGAACACCAUGAUCGGCAGAGCAGCCCACAUCGAGUUCCUGGAGACUGACCUCUACGCCAAGUUCAUCAUGUGGUCCUUCCCUGACCUGUUCCGAUGACAGACGACACGGCUUGUCUUUGUAAUACUGCCACAUACCAAACCAAUAGCGCACACUACUGAGUACUGACCAGGCAAGGAAAACUAAGCUUGCAUAAAGUUUCCCACCAGAAUCCAACACCGCGACAGGCAGGUAGCACUGUAAAGAUCCUAGAAGCAAUGAUUUUUCCAGGUUGCUAGAUCCUAUUCUGUAUAAAUAGUUGAUUCUUUUUUCACUUCAUUCAUAGUGCUGUAGAUGUGCACCUUUGCUGUGAAUUUAUAAUCCUUGUCGUCUGGUGUAUUUAACACUUUCAGUUUAGGAUGUGCUGACAAUCAGUGAGCUUAUGUCCAAAUAAGCCUUCUUUUUCUUUUACUUUUUUGAUUGAUUUUUAGUCACCUCCGUUUUUGUGAAUGCUGUAAAAGCCUGCAACCUGCUUUGUAUUGUACUGUACGUGCAGACGAUCAGCCUGUCUGCCCUGGGUGUUGGUAUACUAGAAUAUUUGUUCUGGCGUCCUGCCAUAGCUGGA